AUGGUGUCGAUCGAGCCAAAUCAAGCGGCAAUCCCUGGCCCUCUUGUGAAUCUUUCGGGCAUCCAAGCAGACCUCUCCAACAACUACCUGUCGGGUGCUGUGCGCCGUCCUGACUGCCGCCGACACACCAUAGUUGCCAAUUGCUUCACAAAAAGAAAGGCCUGUGGGGACCUGCAGCGGCCACCAGCGCAGUGUCUGGCUUUCUGUGGAAUCUCGCCAACCACUGCUGCCUGUGGUGGCCGUGGCGUGUGCUACCCAGACGGGCCCAGUUUGGUGCCAACGUGCCUGUGUGGUGCGGGAUCGGUGCAAUUUGGAGCAAUCAGCUGUGUUUCAGGAGUCCUCCCAAGGAGCAUUCUCCCGCCUUUCACUGUGCUCACCAAGGGGGCGCAGCAGGAGACGGUGGGGAAGUUUGGAGAAAAGCCAGUCACCCUCUUCAUGUACCCGCCUGGUGUGACGUUGGGAUGUGGCUUAGAGUUGGCAUUCAGUGCCAACUUCACCUUCGCUCUCUUGCACCACUCUGGUAGCGCCACCGGGCCCAGCGGCUUUGCGUUUGUGAUUGCCGCAACGGCCAAGGCAGGGAAACCUGGUGGUGUGGGGUAUAGCGGGGUGGGAGCUCGGAGCAUAGCCGUUACAUUCGACAUCGAAGAGAGCCACCAGCACGUGGGGCUGAGCUUUAAAGGCAGAGAGGAAUCGUUGGUGGCAAAGGUAUCACCAUUCAUGUUCACGGAUGGCAAUGCGUACACGGCAUGGGUGGACUAUGAGCCUGGGGAUCCCGGCACCAUUCGAGUGUUCCUGGGGAGCUCAAACGUGAAGCCAGAGGAUCCGCUGCUGCAGAGGAGGGUGUCGCUGUGUGAGGUGCUGCAGCCGGGAGUGAAGCAGCCGGCUUUCUCGUUUGGGUUUACGGCGUCCACCACUGUGAAGCCCUUCCAGCUGCACGGCAUUCUGUUCUCCACUGUGCAAACAGGCAAGGUUAUCUCGGGCAGUCCCUUUUCGCGCUAUGUGAGUGCGGACUUCAAGCUGUCGGCCACCAGAGCGGACUCGUGGAGCAUUCGUGAUUUCCACACGUGGGACUCCGUGCCCUUCCUCAACUGGCCUGUCAAGAACCAAAACGACUGCAAUGCGUGCUGGGCGUAUGCGGUGGUAGCGAGUGUGGAGGCUGCAUACGGCAUUGCAAAGCAGCAGAGCGCACCCUGGCUGGCAGUGGAGGGUCUCUUCGCCCUCAUGGGGCUCUCCGACUCCGACAAGUGCUCCGCUGGCGGCUCCCCCACCCAGGCCUUUGAGACGCUCACAGCUCUCAAUGCCACCAGUGGGCUCACAGGGGAUAGUGACCCGGCAACAAAGUACCCGGUGCAGGCGUUUGAGCGUGCACAGGUCAAAGGACAUGUGGGUGGGGUGGGGCUCAUGCUGGCCGCAACAAAGUACCCGGUGCAGGCGUUUGAGCGAGCGCAGUUCAAGGGGUAUGUGGGGCUCAUGCUGGCAGUGCAGCGGCAGCCAGUGGUGGUUCACAUCGAGGCAUCUCCAACCUUCAUGCUCUAUGAUGGGACAUUCAAGUACCAGGAUCCUGGUUGCUACACGGGCAACCUCAACCACGUUGUACUCGUUAUUGGCUACUUCAUCACAAGAAACGAUGGCAGCCAGAACCGCAUUGCUCCUCCGUUUUGGAUCAUCUGCAACUCGUGGGGAGAGGAGUGGGGCAAGAGAGGGCACAUGCGCAUGGACAUUCAGGGACGGGAUGGCGUGUGUGGCAUUAACGUGCUGCCUGGCAUCUACCCCAUUGUUAAGAUUCCAGGCGACCCCUGCGGCCAGAGCAGCUACAAGGGUGAUGGGGAUUCGCAGCCGAGCAUGAACCCGUGUGGUCGCUUCCAGUGCCAGGGGACGACAGAGACCACCAACAACUGCUCCUGCAAUAUUCCGACCGCUCCUGUGCAGCCCUUUGUGGAGGCUGAGAAUGGAUACGGCUCCAACACAUGUGCUUAUGGUGAGUUCUGCGGCAGGAGGACAGGUGAGUAG